CCAUGAUUUUUACGUCAUUCGAGUAAGAUCUGGAAAAGAAACAUCAGCAUAGCGGAAAAAAAGGAUUUGGGAGUGAUUUUCUUACCAUCCAUCACUCAAGAACAAGAACGGAGUAAUUGAAAGAGUCCCAAAAACAUCAGACAACAUCAAUAGACAUUUUGUAAAGCUCACAACGAAAUCGGUGAAAAUACCCUUCAAUCUGGUAAAGCGUGAUAAACGUAAUACUUAAAGCAGAAAAGGCCAAAGAAAGUUUGUAGAAAAAUUCUCCUCAGCUUUCUAAAUUGAAGGAUUAAUAAAGAAAAUGGAAGACUCGAAGCUCCAGGAGCAGCAACAACAAUCGCAAGACUCCCCUCAAGGCGAUACUGUUCCCGUAAAGCAGCCACCGCCUGUCAAGGAAGUAAUUGCUACGAAGGUAACCGGUACCGUUAAAUGGUUCAAUGUUAAAAGCGGUUAUGGUUUCAUUAAUCGUGACGACACCAAGGAAGAUGUAUUCGUCCAUCAGAGCGCCAUUGUCAGGAAUAAUCCUAAGAAGGCUGUACGUUCUGUUGGUGACGGUGAAGUCGUCGAAUUUGAUGUAGUCAUCGGCGAGAAAGGCAAUGAGGCUGCUAAUGUCACCGGACCUUCUGGAGAACCGGUACGCGGUAGUCAAUUUGCUGCCGACAAGCGUCGCAGCUAUCGCCCAUGGGCUAAGAAAAAUCGUCGCAAACGGCAGCAACCUGGCGGCGGCAAUCAACUGCAGCAACAACCUCAGGAUGGUCAUGGACAAAUUCAAAACGAUGAUCAAGGUCACGAUGUCGGGCAACAACAACAACAGCCGCAAAGGCAACAACGCAACUUUAGACGUGGCGGUGGCCGUGGUCGCGGCCGACGCUUUAGAAACUACUACCCCCGCAAUCAGCCAAGACGUCCUGUCGGUGGUGAUGGAGGUAUGUCAAGUGGUGAUGGUGGCCCCGAUCAGAACGCUGACUCCAUGCAUCGGGGUGGUGAUGGUCAAGGACAGCCAAUGCGACGCGGUGGAUCACAACGACGUUUUUUCCGUCGUAAUUUCAACAAUCGUGGUGGACGUGGUCCGCGUAACAAUGAUGGCAACGGUGGGCAAGGUCCUCCUCGUAAUAACUCUCGUCGUCCACGACGAAACAGAAAACCUAACAAUGGAGGACAACCAAACAACCAACAACAUCAACAGGAUGUUGGCCAGGAGUUCCAAAACACCACUACCGAGAGCAACGCUUAAACCAUCAAUAAAAAGUAAAUUUAGUGGUGAUACAAAUACAACAAAAAAAAAUUUCUUCUUCUCCUUCCCUAUAACCAACAAGGCAAGCCAACAUCUUUAUCAAUCACAGUCUCAUUUAUUUAUUCUUAUUAUCAUUUUAUUUUAAACAAAAAAAAAAAA